CCGAGAUGGAUGACCUGAAGCAACUCCUCCGGUGGUCUAACCCGCCCUCCACAUCCUCGUUCGACUUCGAGUCAUCCACCAGCCCCGCGGCCACGAGCUACCGGCUGCUGGGUGGGACACGCAAUUUCACGGUGGGUGACACGCUGCACCUCACCGUGCAGGCCCGGGACCACCACGGCAGGGACAAGCGGCACGGCGGAGACUACUUUCGCAUCAAAGUCUACUCACAGAGGCUUCGGGUGGGCACAUUUGGUUCGGUGCUGGACCACGACAAUGGCUCGUACACGGCGAGUGUCGUGUUGCUGUGGCCAGGCGAGGCCCUCGUGGAUAUCAAGCUGGUUCACUCGAGCGAGGCCGUGCACAUCAUAAGCCGCCUGCGCGACUCGGUGCCCAACAAGAUCUUCUUUACCGGCUACUUCGAGAAGGAAGGAGCGAGAGGCGAGGCCACGGAGUGCAACGCGGUGCCGCUCUUCCAGGCAAAGGGCGGGACGUGCGAGUACAGGGAUGCAGCCACGGGACACGCGUGGUUCUGUGCGAGGCCCACCACACUGCCCUGUGACUCCCUGCGCUUCCACUCUGAUGGGGGCCGCAGGAAAGUUCUCACCAAUCAGGAGGAGCGGUUAUUCAGCAACACAAUCUCCAAAGUGACAAUCGGCGGAGAUCCGAGCCAGAUCGAGGUGCUGCCAUCCCCAUCACCACGCGACCUCGAGGCCAGCCUUGGGCCGUGCGUGCCAGGCCACCCCGUGCCCUCCCCAAGCGGCUACUACCUCAACGAUGAGUGGGUAUCGCUGGCCUGUAGGGCGCGGCCCUUCCCUGCCCCUCAAGACCUGGCCACGUGCCUGCGCAGAAAGAGGCUCUACCUGUUUGGAGACUCUACCAUUCGACAGUGGUUCGAACACAUCUCCACCCAUGUGCCGGACAUGCAGCUCAUCGACAUCGGCUCGACGCACCUCGGCCCCCUCAUCUCGGCCAAUGUGGCUGCAGCCAAGACCUUUGUGAUGUACCGCACGCACGGCCCACCGUUCCUCACGGCCAAGCGGCCCUUCGCGGCCCUGCACUACGCCGCCAACGAGCUCGACGGACUCGCCGGCGGGAAGGACACGGUGGUGGGGAUCAGCUUGUGGGCUCACUUCACGGGGUUCCCCGUGUCUUUCUACGUCACUCGCAUGAGGGGCAUUUGCGCCGCGGUCGUCCGCCUGCUGAAGCGAGCCCCCGGCACGCUGGUCGUCUUCAAGUCGGCCAACACCAGCUACCACUCGGUCUACCAGUCCGAUUGGCUCUCUCUUCAACUGGACCUCGUCAUGCGCCGUCUCAUGGCGGGGUUGCCCGUGGUUAUCUUGGACGCCUGGGAAAUGACGGCGGCCCACCGCUUCCCCGACAACUUGCACCCCGACCCCGUCAUCAUCCACAACGAGAUCAAGCUCCUCCUGGCCUUCGUGUGUCCCCAGUGA